AUGGCAUCUAAGUCAUCACCUGCUAUGGGAGCUUUGUCAUUAUUACUAAUGCUUGUAUCCAUAGAGACAAUAGCAGUUAUGGCUGCAAAGCAAAAAUUCUCGCAUUUCGGCGCUGCGCCACAGCCGCAAUUGUCUCCUGUUGGGCCGGGACCAGACGCAAUGCUGACCGGGGAACGGCCGUGCUUGGCAACUCUAAUAUAUGUUGAAGGUUGCAAAGCAGAGAUUUUUAAAACAGUGUUUGGAGUUCCCCUUGACAAUUCGUGCUGUCAAGCUGUCAAACAAAUAGCUCAAAACUGCUUGCCAAAAUGGUUUCCUUUAUAUAAGGUGUUCGUGCCUUCCGCUCUGGAAAACUGCAUUUUUGCUCCUGCAUAA